GGGUUUGGAGGGGUUUGCGCUGGCAUAAGAGGCGAGGAGCGCCGGGACGAGCCGGGCUGUGCCGGCGGGAUGGAGCAGCGGUACAGCAAGGCGGAGACCCUCGCCCUGCGGAGGAAGCACAUCGGGCCUUCCUGCAAAGUUUUCUUUGCCAAGGACCCUCUGAAGAUAGUGUGGGCUCAGGGCCAAUAUAUGUUCGAUGAGAAAGGAGAAAAAUACUUAGACUGUAUCAACAAUGUUGCACAUGUUGGCCACAGUCAUCCAUACGUGAUAAAGGCUGCGACAAAGCAGAUGGAACUGCUCAACACAAAUUCCCGGUUCCUGCAUGACAACCUUGUUCAGUACGCACAGCGGCUUACAGCCACCCUGCCCGAGAAACUGUCUGUUUGCUAUUUUGUUAACUCUGGGUCUGAAGCUAAUGAUCUUGCUUUACGACUGGCUCGAUGGUACCAUGGGCACCAAGAUGUGAUCACCCUUGAAAAUGCUUACCAUGGCCACGUUACCUCUGUGAUUGACAUCAGUCCCUAUAAAUUUAAUGAGCUGGGAAAGGACAGCAAGAAGGAGUUUGUGCAUGUGGCUCCUUCUCCAGAUAUCUACAGAGGGAAAUAUAGGGAAGAUCACCCAGAUCCAGCAAGUGCUUAUGCUGAAGAAGUGAAAAAGAUUAUUGAAGAAACAGAGAAGAGUGGACGCAAGAUUGCUGCCUUCAUAGCCGAAUCCAUGCAGAGCUGUGGAGGCCAAAUAAUUCCACCUGUGGGCUAUUUCCAGAAAGUGGCAGAGUAUGUGCGUGCUGCAGGUGGUGUGUUCAUAGCUGAUGAGGUCCAGGUUGGCUUUGGCAGAGUUGGGAAGCAUUUUUGGGCAUUCCAGCUGCAAGGCGAAGACUUCGUGCCUGACAUUGUCACCAUGGGGAAGCCCAUUGGCAAUGGCCACCCUAUGUCCUGUGUGGUCACAACAAGGGAAAUUGCUGAAAGUUUUGGUGCUUCUGGACUGGAGUAUUUCAAUACAUUUGGAGGAAAUCCAGUGUCUUGUGCUAUUGGUCUGGCUGUGCUAGAGGUAAUAGAGAAAGAAGAUCUCCAAGGAAAUGCUACACGUGUAGGAAGUUACCUCCUGGAGCUGCUGGCUGAGCAAAAGGAGAAACAUCCCUUAGUGGGAGAUAUCAGGGGUGUGGGCUUGUUUGUUGGAGUGGAUCUGGUGAGAGAUCGACAAAUGCGAACACCAGCCACAGCUGAAGCCCUCCACCUUAUUUACAAGCUGAAAGAGCAUCAAAUACUUCUUAGUGCAGACGGACCUCACAGAAACGUACUAAAAUUUAAACCACCAAUGUGUUUCAGUAUGGAGGAUGCAAAACAUGUCGUGGAGACAAUUGAUGUACUUCUCACAGAAAUGGAAGAGGCAAAUGGAAUGAAGACAGAAAAUGAUGCAUCUACAAAUGCACAGUGUAAAAGAAAAAUGACUGAAGGCAGUUCUCAACCAGAAGGCGCAAUUGAAAGCAUCACCCAUAUGAAUGGAACCGCCUGCAGACAAGAAAAUGGGCUUUUUUCUAAAAAAUGCACAGUGCCAAGUGAAAGAAUAAGAACAUGAAGAGGGAAAGUUUCCUCAUUCAAUUCGACUUUGUGUCCAGCUUGCUUUUGAGACGAAGAGUGCAAUAGUUCGAGUCCUAGGAUAUGUUUGAAGCCUAGUCCUACCUUCCAUAAACUGGCUGAAUUCCUGUUAGCUUCAGUAGGAGUCUAAAAUACCUUCUCAGAUACAUGAGAACUGCACCAUGUGGCCUGAAAUCUCGAUGUGACAGAACGGACAAGUGAUACACAAAUACCUUGGUGCUGAUGGCAGGCUUGACAUAGGUACACACAGUGAAAUCUGUGGAUCUACCCAUAUUACACAGAAUCUGAAUUGCUUAACCACCGUACAAACAAAUGCCAAUCCUAUUAAGUUUAAAAUUAUACGCUUAAUGUGCUAUUUUUACAAUAUUUUAAAUUUCAAUAUGUAAUAUUGAGAUGUUGAUUUCUUCCCAUGUUUUAAUGGCUGAAUUCACAAAACAAUGCUUAAGACAGAAAUCAUUAUUAUCUUCCAGUGCAACUUAGGUCCCAUGGACCAUAUUCCCAGAUAAAGUAAAUUGGUGUAGCUUUCUUAAUGUCAAUGAUGCUCUACCAAGAGUCUACCACUGUGUGUGUAGAGACACGAUGUUUAUGCAGGACAUUAUUUGUGUUGAAAGAAAAUUAAGAAUCUGGAUCCUAAUUUUCUAUAGACAAAGCAACUUUUAUAGAUAACUAUUUAUAUAGAGUAAGAUUUUAUGAUUUUUUUUUUUCCAAGAGUUUAUAUAUUGAACCCUCGCAGUCCACAAAAUUUGCAAGUAGACCAUAUGGAAUUUCAGAAACACUGAUUGAUCCAAUUUAAUGUGAGGGUGUCUCAAAAUGAGGUUUCCCCAGGACAGCCCAGCUUGCAUUCCCAUGGUUUUGACAGCCGUGGGAACUACUGCCUGAUAAGUGCUGUUGCUUUUUGUCAGUGGUGAUGAAGAGUCACGUACCAGGUGCAUGAGAUCCUGACACAAAAGCGGCUACGCUAACAUUUGAUAGGUUACUAAAAUGAGAGGACCAGUGCAUAAAAUAUGCACGCAGCCACUGCCAGUCUGUGCUGCAGAUACUAUAGACUGACUUGCCUCUUUGUCAGUGCUAAAUACUAAUGAAAGCACACAAGCCUUGCUCCUCUUUAUAUUUUUAAUACAUGUACAACUCUAUGCUAUGGAAGACACUGAGAGCUUUACACAUGGUUUGUACUUCAGAAAAAAAAGACAAAAAGUAUUUCCUCUUCAAUUUUAAUACCCUAGUUCUGCUGUUUUCUAAUUGCUCCAAUGACCCUACUGAUAUGUCUGAAAAUUGAGCACCUUAUCUAAUUUUGUAUUCGACACAAUUGGCUGUAUUAAUACUGAUGUUUUCAAUGUAACGUCUUCCAACAUCCUCAAGCAGGCUUAUUUUCUGUUUCAUGAUCCUUGAAUAAUUCUUCCAUAAAAAUAAAUCUCUUAUUUGUUAUUA